UGUUGCCACUUUAUUAUGGCGGUUUAUAAAUCUGGUUAUUGAAAUAAAUCUUCCGAUGAAAAAUAUUCUGAAAGAAGUUGUCAAAGAAAUGACAUGUUUUUGGUGGUGCUGUCAGAGCGUGUAAUAUCGUUUUGUACUACCGGGCUCUGUGUAAAGUACAAGUGCCGAGAUAGGGCCCUUUACUCAUAGAGCAAUAGGUGGGAUGAGCGCGCGGCUGGUGUGCGCGCUGCUCGCGGCGCUGCUGUUGCGCGCGCGCGCUCAGGAGUGCGCGCCAGGCACAGGCCAGUUGGCGCGACCUUGCCAGCCAAUCAUCACCACCACCAGCGAAGACGCUGACCUUGAUGAAGAGAGCGACUCUGCACCUUUCAUGAUAGUGGUAGAGCACGCGGACGGGUGGCGGUGCGCGGCGUCUUUGGUGUCGCUGCGUACGGGCGUGACGUCGGCGAGGUGUGCGCGCGGGCGGGCUCAUCUGACGCAAGGUCGCAUCAGCGAACAGACGCCGCAAGAGUUAUGGGCGCUGGCUGCGGCGCAGCUGGCGCGUCGCGUGCCCGGGGACAACCUCGAGGGCUUCGGUUCGCGCCCCGCCUCGCCCGCCUCUACGGCCCGCCGCGUCGCGCGUAUCGCGCUCGCUGGUGAUCGAAGACGAGGAGAAGAUCCGCUGCUGGACGACCUGGCGGUGCUGGAGCUGGAGUCGCCGUUCGGGUCGUCGGCGCGCGCGCGUCCUAUCCUUAUGGCGACGUCGCGCACCGAGUGCGAGAAGGAAACGGCGUGCCACGCGGUGCGCGCGGUGGCGGGUGCAGGCGCUCACCGCGCGCGCUUCCGCGUCGUGGACGCUGCGCUCGUAGCGGAGGCGCACUGCGCCACGCGCGUCCCUCACUGGGCGGACGUGCGCGAUCGCGCGUUUUGUUUUUCCGGUGAGGAGCUAUGUUCAAACGACCGGGGCACGGGCGUGGUGUGCGGCGGCAAGCUGUGCGGCGUGCUGAGCGACUCUGUGUCGCAGGAGGGGCGGCACGCGGCCGGCUGCGGCGACACGCACGUCGCCAUGAGCGUGGCUCGCUGGCGCGCCUUCCUGCACUGCGCCCACACACUGCGCGCCUGCGGACGGGGCGACUGCGAAUCGCUGUGCAGCGAACACCGGCUACUCAACACCGAGCCCACCACAGACCUGAGCACGCACGUCGACUCCACACCUUCUAGCGUAGUGCCAGCGGCGCCGCACCGCAGCUCGCCCGCGGACGAGCUUUACUCUUACUCUUCGGACGUGGUGAUGCUCGCCUCCGCCAAGCCGGACGCGCGCUUUCCCUUCCGCCCCGCACACGAAUUUGAGCCCAACCGACCCGACUUCAAGUUAUUGGAACGUGUCCAGGCCGGCGAGUACGGAGACAACGCGGCAGACUACGAAGAGCCGGCGCCGACGACGCGGCGGCGCGCCAUGUCCGUGUCGCGCUCGGUGUCGCGCGCACUGCACACGGUCACGCGCACGCACCCCACGCCCUCCCCCUCCAAGGAGCCCCCCGCCGAGUCCCUGCGUGCCGCCGCCGCACAUCCCCGACCCCGUCCCCUCUCCACCUGCUUCUACUUGCUAAUGUUAACAAACAUCUUCUAUAUUACAUAACUAAUUACGAAUGCGAGAACCAUAUGUCUCCUAAAUUUUACAAGUUUUUGUGUUUAAUUUCUUGUGAAUAAUAUAAUUUUUAGU